CACAGGCGGCCACAUUGCUCUCCUGAGUCCAUGAGCGCUUUCAGACACUCUCGUCAGUCACACGCACUUUUUUUGUACAGCCCGCGCACUCCAGGAUGACACUGCACUGAAAACACGGCAAGGAUUUUCUUUUCAGUUGAAAUCUCAAGUGCAACCAUGCCCAUCCUGAAGAAGCUCCCAGGUCGGUCAAAGAGCUGCCAUGACUUCCCCAGAGUGAAUGGCGAGCUGAUCCUACCCAGGCUUGACCUGGACCUCAAGGACUUGAAUGACCUGAAGGAGCUGAACAACCUGAAGGAGCUGAACAAGAACCUCAACCCUUUUGAAGACGUGGACCUGGAUGAAGAUGAGAGGAGCAAAGGUGACGUGGGCCUCAUCAUGGGGGAGGUCAGGGCUAACCUCCAGUACAGUGCCUCCCGUGAUGGAGAAGAGGAGGAAAAUGAGCUGAACGCCGAGAGGCACGGCGCAGGAAAUCAUAAAGGGAAGCCACUCAGGGGCACCCUGGAGAGGAUUUGUGGCGUGUCGCCGCUGAAAACCCUUGGAAAACUUGGGAAGGGGCUCCGCAAAUCCGGACGGAGUGUGUGGGGGAACAACUCUCUCCACUAUAGCCCUGGGGACUCAAACACGCUCCCAACAGAGAGGGAAAAGAGGAAAGGACUACGCAGGAGCUCCGAAGGAAUUAUGACUCUCUUACGCAUCACAGGCCGUCGUAAGGAGGAGCGCAGAGAAAGCCUGCCCUGUGGGGACCUGAGCGCAGACAGCGAGGCGGAGGCGUCCAGGCGGCCCUCCUUCCUCAGGAUGGUCAGUCUGGGCAAGCUGAAGAGGGAAUCCAUGUCCGACAAGGCAUCUCAGGAGACGGAGGAGGAAGCAGAGGAGGAGGAGCCGGUGGUGAAAACCAGAGAGCCCCUCUCAGUCCUGGAGAUCCUACAGUUAGUCAACCACCGGGACCUUCUCCUGGCCGACACACACAUUCAGGAGCUUGAGCGAGAGUGUGAGCUGUUGUCUCUCCUCCCAAACCAAACCAGUCCCACUUUGACUCCUACUUUCACCGCCUCCAGCCCUCCUGGCAUCGUUCCCCUGUCGUGUUCCUCCUUGGAUGACUCCCUGAGCUCCAAUGCAACUCUGGAUUCAAGCCGAAGGAAAGCAAAGGAUGUGGAGCUCCUCUAUGAGGCCUUGAUGAAGGAGAUGUGGGAUGUGGUGCGCGAGUCUCUGCGUCAACCCAGUGCUGGACCCAACCUCGGGCUUGUCGUACUGGUGAUUCAACAGGAAGAGCACGCUGACGCUGCAUGGGCUCUCCGAGAGGAAACCAAACCAGAACAACAUCAGGAUUUGGCUCCUCAAGUCCAACCAAGCCACCGUCCCCGACGACUGAAGAUGAAGUGGAAGGAAGCUGUGGCAGAAGCUGCCGACUGGAGCCUACCCCACCAGGUGGACACUCGAGCAGGCCAGCUGUCCUCGUAUUUGGAGCGACUCAGAUGUCGGAUGGUGGAUGACCUGGAUGCGGCACGUAGGAACGCCGUGUCCAUUUACCCGGAGGAGUUUUCCGCGUUCCAGGUCUAUGUGGAAAGUUACCACAGAGCUGUGGCGAAACGCUUGAAAACCAUGACCAGUGGCCCGCUACAGAUUACUGACGUCUACUCGCUGUUGGACUGGUUCUACAACAUCUACAACCGGGAUGUUCUGGGCACCAUCGGCACGGCAACACCCAUCAACUACGCCUCGCUGGAACCCAUUCUGCCUCAAGAUACGGUGGACAGGCUGGAAAAAGACUGCCUUAGUAUUGUCAAGGAGAAGGUAACAACGGAGCUGAUUCAGGUUCUAGAUGACGAAGAAAGACGAUGGGCCCAUAGUCUACACAUCGAGGAAUACCAGUCCCACCUAGCUCGCUCGGUUAUACAGAGGCUGAAAGUGGAUCUGGAUAAAUCUACAUCCGUGAACCAGUUCCUCGGGGCAAGAGUGGCUCGCUUUAGUCUCAUCGGUUUGGCUGACUUUCUUUACAGUUUCCAGAGAAAAGUGGAGAUGUUUCACGAGACGCAGGCAGAGUUUGGUGAUCGAGGAGAUGGAUACGUUUCCAGGACCAUAGCUCUGGUGAACUGUUGCCCUCCUCUCAGAUCCUUUGUGGAGCGCUGCAGGCAGUGUGACCCACAGACCAGCGAGGACUCGGCAAAGAGAGCCAACUCUUCUCUAGACAGGAUCAUCAACCAGUCUGUCAGGGUUCUGGCUGACAGGCUGUUUGAGCACAUCAGGCCGUUUUUUGACAAAAUGAUCAAGAGAAAGUGGCUGAACUACACGGAGACGUUCGAGGCCAUCGAAGCCAGCAUCAAGCAGCACUUCAAAAAGUUCCGAAGGAUGGAUCCUCCGCCCUAUCAGACCUUGGUGGGUGAGGUGCACCGACGGGUCCUGGUGGAAUAUGUACGCGCCAUCAUGCGGGGACGCCUCAUUUGUACCUCCUCCAAGAUGAGGAAGAGGAUGGCUUUCCGCUUGCAAGAUGAAGCCAAACAGCUAAAAGGACUCUUUAAGGACCUGGAAUCAAGCGCAUCCUGGUUGGACGGUCUCAUCUGCCACAUGGCUGACAUCAUUCUCCUUGAAGACACGCCCUCCAUCCAGAUGGAGGUUGCUGUCCUAGUGAAGGAGUUUCCAGAUAUUCGGCAGAAACACGUGUCCACGCUGCUGAACAUACGAGGCAUGAUGCGUCAGGCGGAGCGUCAGGAGAUCCUCAACAUUGUCAGAGACUUCCAGUGCAACUCCGCCUUAAUCGGUCGGGAUCGCGCCGUCUUUUCUGAUAUUCCCAUUACCUCAGAGGUGCACUGCAUUAGCAUCGGAUUCAUGCGCCUCGCCAUGGCUGUCACCAACUGGUUUUCCGAGCACCGGCCCAGGAAAAGACACAAGAAAAGUACACGAAACACAAGACCUCGAUCCGCUGAGAGUGAGAACAUGGAAGACAUAAACAAACACAACAGGGAAGAAUAGUCGUUUAGUGUGAAAGUAAGAAGAGCAGUUGCGGUCAUACUGUGUUGAAAUGAGAUGUACGUGCACCUUGACAUGUAAAGAAACUUGACUUGAGGUACUGCUCGUUCUGUACACUUCACAUAUUGUAGUUUUAGUCUGAGCUUAACAACAAGGAAGACGCAAAGAUAACCCAGCCAUAUACUGUAUACUAUACUCAUUUUUGGUUUCUACUUAUAUAAUAUAUAGUGAUGUGUUGAACUCUCACUGUGAAUGAUAUGGAUCCA